UCAGAGUAGCCUUGCCGAGGCAUCUCAGGGGAACCAUUGAUGCUGGGGUAUCAAGACCCCACAGCCCGUAUAAUCAUCACGGAUGCUUCCCAAACAAUCCCCCUACGAGCAAGCGGACGGUCCAGCCUAGCUGUGUCAUCACAGGCUGGGUUGGUUCGUCCUAAUAUUACACACACUGCGGCCUCUGAUCCUGGCUUUAUAGAGAGGCGUCCGCAGUCUUGGCCCAGUGGGGUGAAUAAGUCAACAGAAUGCAGAAACCAAGCAAGAUUAGGAAGGUGGUUUUAUUUUGGUGCCUUGGAUUUCAAGCAGAUUAAAUAAUCAAAAAGCCCAGGCUGUUAGGUCGUAGCUUGAAUGCUACAGCUGUUCCCUGAGGUUUGACAGACACUCUUUAUGUGUGCCCUGUUGAGUGAAUGAGAGAGACAGGGAAGCUCUCAGCGAGCCAGACAAUUGAGAGACAGAGACAGAGACAGAAAAAAGAGAGAGACAGAAAAAAGAGGAAGACACACAGGAACAGAGACACUGAGAGACACACACAGAGAAGGGCACAAUAAGAUUUCCUACUGAAGAUCAGAUGGAGACCCUGGGAAGAAUUGUUUUGAUGAACGAACUUCAGGAAGCUGCCAUCAUCUCUCCCUUUAAGUGUAAGCGAGGCAAAACAAAGAUGGAUUAGGAGAAGGAAAAGAAAAAAGAGGCAGCUUGCUGAUAUAAAAUUGGCUUAUUCCUUUUCCAUCGAUUAAGUUGGAUGAAAUAUCAGAAGACAAACAUCCAAGGACCAGCCAUGAAAGGUGACUUGCUCUGGCUCUCCAGCGUGCUACUGCUACUCCAUGGGGCCGGCGGCUGUCCAGAAAAGUGUUUUUGUCACAAGCCUACAAAGUCCGUUGACUGCAGUAGGCAAGGUCUGAGGGAAAUCCCCUUGGAACUGCCUCCUGGGACCCAGAUCCUACAUCUCCAGCAUAACCAGAUUAGAGCCGUCCCCACUUCUGCCUUCAUCAGGACGCCCCUGCUCCGAAGCUUAGAUCUCUCCAAUAAUGCCCUGUUCAGCCUGGCUCCUGGAGCAUUCUUGGGCCUUGCCCACUUACAGGUUUUAAACUUAACACAGAAUUCUCUUCAGUUCCUGGAAAGCAAAGUUUUCCAGUCCUUGCCUCAGUUGCAGGAGCUGGAUCUGUCCUUUAACAACAUCCAGGAGCUGCCCAGUUUUAAGGGGGAGACACUGAACCACCUAACUCGGCUUGCCGUACAAAGGAACCAAUUACGGCACAUUCACAGGGCUCAGCUAGCAUCGCUUCCCAGUCUGAGAGUUUUAUUCUUCAGGGACAACCCCUGGAAAUGCAAUUGCCACCUGCUGGAUCUCAAACUGUGGCUGGAGAGCUUUGUAUACAAAGGCGGAAUAACUGAUGGAGUUAUCUGCUCAGCCCCAGACAUCUGGAAAGGGAAAGACCUGCUUAAAAUUCCAUAUGAACUCUACAACGCGUGCCUCCCCCUUCUUGGGAACGGGGGGCCCGUCCAAACCCAGUUCCCUGACACUGCUGAGCUGGAUCUCCCCCGGUCCGGGAGGCCCCAAGAACAGACAGACAAAAGCCAGUCAGACUGUGACCUCAAAGCCAAGACCCGGCCAGUCAGUCUCCGCCAUGCUCUCGCCACGGUGGUUAUCACGGGAGUUAUCUGUGGAGUUGUGUGUCUGAUGAUGUUGGUUGCCGCUGUUUAUGGUUGUACCUACGCGGCAAUUACGGCUAAAAGCCACAGGGAGCCUUUGAGGCACGCCAUUGAGCGGAGAAGUCUCCAAGAAGAAAAGGGGCCACUUGCUGCUUCCCUAGCGUAGACUGCUUUGGGUGGGGGGUGAUUUUUCUCAAGUCAGAGCCAUCAUUCAGGAGAAAAGAGAAGAUUCUGAGGAGAGCCGGGGGGCCGCUAUUACUGUCGAUUUUUGUUUUUUCAUUAAAAAAUAGUCCUUUAAAAAAAAUCCUGUGAAGCAACCCAUGUUUCAAUUUUUAAAUUUAAAUAAAAUUUAAAUAAAGACUUAAUUUAUAUUCAUUGCAUACAAA